AUGACUUCUGUGACUUCACAACGUGCUGUGCGGUGGCACCCGCCCUCUCAUGAUAUCCGUAUUGAAACCCUUCCCAUUCCAAAGAUUGAGCACCCAGAUGAUGCGAUAGUAAAGAUUCAGCUUGCUGGGCUGUGUGGUAGUGAUUUACAUAUGUACCGUGGAACAGCGGGGCUCACGGAACCUUGCAUCAUGGGCCACGAGUUCAUCGGUGAAAUUGUUGCCCUCGGUGCGAGUUUUCAUCCCAGCUCUACAGGUCGACCGCACUUGUAUUCCACACUUCAUAUCGGCGAUAAGAUUGUCUCGCCGUUUACUGUCUCUUGUGGAGAGUGCCAUUUUUGCAGAGUAGGAUUUACGUCCCGUUGCAUCGAGUCCCGCCUAUUUGGCACUCCUCUGACUCCAGGAGGACAAGCUCAAUAUGUUCGCGUUCCUCGGGCCGGAGGCACCUUGUACAGUCUGCAGGACAUUCCUGAUGGAUCUUCACUUGCCGACUCCUCUUUGCUGUUACUGUGCGAUAUUCUUCCGACUGGAGUAUUUGCCGCAUUUCAGGCACUCAGUCACGCCAAAACCUUACCCUUUACAACCAGACAACCUUAUCCGCUUAGUGCGAGUCCGCCACAGAUUGGAGAUGCUUCAUUUUUACCCUUCUUAGAAGAAGAUAAAUCAUUGACUAUGGCGGUGAUAGGGCUUGGCCCCGUGGGGGUGUGCGCGUGUAUCGCUCUCCUUGACAUGCUCGUCACGCGAAAGCUGAAGUUCAAUGUGAUAGCCAUUGACCCGAACGAAGCCAGGAGGGCAAAAAUGGCAUCAAUAUACUCAACUAUCGGCGGCAACUACCAGUUUGGUGCAUUUCAAGUAGCUGACACCAACAAUGUCAAAGAACUUGUUGCAAAUUUGACCAAGGGAUUCGGUUGCAACGCUGUUCUAGAAGUUGUUGGUAAUACCAGUGCGCUUCGGCUAGCUUACGAACUUGUACGGCCGUUUGGCUGUAUCAAUUCUGUUGGGGUUCACAGUGAUCAUAUUGUGCCGUAUAAAGGGGUUGAGCUUUACGACAAGAAUGUAUCACUUGACUUUGGUCGGUGUCCAGUGCGUGCUAUGUUCCCAAUGGCACUGGAACUACUCCUGAAAAGGCAGGAUGUACUGGGAUCGGUGGGUGGGGAAACGAGCUUGGUGGAGAAAAUAGCGAGUUUAGAUGAUGCAGUGCAGAUAUAUGACGACUUUGACAAAGGGAAAUGCGGGAAGGUUUUAUUCGAUCCAUUCAAGUAG